UUUUGACUUGACGUUGACGUUGAAUGUUGAUUUGACGUGACGUAUUUGAGAAAACGAAAAGAUAAAAGUUAUUAUUUUGAUACCUAUUUGUAAAAUAAUAUUAAAAUAUUUUAUUAUUCUGUAAUGCUAAUAGAAAUUAAAAACAAUGAUAAAUACCUUGUUUCAUCUGUAAUAAAUAAUAGUACAAUAAUAUUUAGUGCAUUUUAAGUAGACUGUUUGUGUCCUGAAUUUCUCAAUUUACUGGUGUCUGAAUCAUCAUCCCAAAACAAGUGUUCAUCGUAUGAAUUUGAUUUUGUAGAGAGGUGACAGUAUAUCCACAAUGGAGUGGCUGUUUGGGCACCGGAUGACCCCCGAGGAGAUGCUGCGCAAGAACCAGCGCGCGCUCAACAAGGCCAUGCGCGACCUGGACCGAGAGCGCAUGAAGAUGGAGCAGCAAGAGAAGAAGGUCAUUGCUGACAUCAAGAAGCUUGCCAAGGAUGGACAGAUGGAUGCAGUGAAGAUAAUGGCGAAGGACCUGGUGCGCACGCGGCGCUACGUGCGCAAGUUCAUGUUGAUGAAGGCCAACAUCCAGGCCGUGGCGCUCAAGAUCCAGACGCUCAAGUCGCAGAGCAGCAUGGCGCAGGCCAUGCGCGGCGUCACGCGCGCCAUGGCCUCCAUGAACCGCCAGCUCAAUGUGCCUCAGAUACAGAAGAUCCUGCAGGAGUUUGAGAAGCAGUCGGAGAUCAUGGAUAUGAAAGAGGAGAUGAUGAACGACUCCAUCGACGAGGCCAUGGAGGGAGAUGAUGAUGAAGAAGAAAGUGAUGCUGUGGUGUCGCAGAUCCUGGACGAGCUGGGGCUGCAGCUCAACGACCAGCUGUCGGGCUUGCCACAGGCCACCGGCAGCCUCUCUGUCGCUGGCAAGACACCGGCAGCGGCGGCGGCGCUGGCGGGCGGCGGCGGCGGCGCGGCGGGCGGCGCGGGCGGCGGCGGGGGCGGGGGCGCGGUCAGCGACGCGGACGCCAUCUUGCAGGCGCGCCUCGACAACCUGCGCCGCGAGUAGCGCGGCGUCAGUCCGCGGCCGGCCGCCGCCGCGCGCGCACGCUCGCGCUUGAUACUGUUGUUGUGCUGGCUUGUUUGUUGACUAAACAUUUUUAUUUUAAGUAUAGUAUUUAUUUUUUUACUGAGUAUCAGCGGUCAAAGCUUCGCUGAUACAUAAUUAUUAAAUUCAAUACUUAAAUUUAAUGUAUAAAUUAUAUAAAUUCUUUAUUUGUACAGCAAAAACAAAAGUAAAUUUAAAAAUUAAUUGAAUACCUUUCAUCCAUCACUAUGAAUAUUUAAUGAGUUCUCAUUGUAUAAUUUUGUUUUUUAUAAGAUUUGUAUUUUAAGCUGCUUUUAUGUGAUGUGUCCAUCAGAAUAAUAAAUAAAUAUAUAAGGACAACACGAAUCACUAUCUAGCCCCAAAGUACCGGAUGGAUGUGUAUGUUUCAUAAAACAUGAAAACAUUCAGCAAUACGCGACUAUAGCUUGACAAGUUCGUUGAUGAAACUCCCAUGAUAUGCGGGCGACGGGGGGCAAAGACAAGAGAGUGAAAUCGUGCGUGCGGAGAAGUGAGGUGCAUCAGUCGUGAGUUCUUCAUUCAUCGCUACACGCCCCCGGCCCGCACGAACCAUCGAGAGUGUUACGAAGGAUCUUGCCAAGCUAUAGCAUUGGGUUGCUGCGUGUACGGAGAGAUGUGUUGUGUACAUUGUACAGCCGAGUGCAGUCCGGCCGAGUUGUGUGAUGUCCGAUUGUUGAUAGUUGUAAAUAUUUGCAUAUAUUAUAUAAAUAAUUAAUCACAA